AACACCAUUUUACUUUUUAAUUUGUUUUCUUAUGUUGGCGACAUUGCUAAUAUGUCUGACGUCCAUGGUUUACUUUUGUAACAAAAUUUUUGAACCAUUGUGGAAUUUCAUCAAAUUAGUGAAAUCCUGAUCAAAAUUUUACUGUGUCACAUGUAACUGCCGUCUCCCGAGCGAGUUAAACGUGACCAUGGUGAAGAAGAAAAGACAAAGCGACCCGGGAGAGAACGGGGACGAGUCAACGGAGUCUUGUGAGGAGAAUGACAAGUCUACCUGUCCUCACGUCGCCAAGGCAGUGGACCUCGCCAAGCUGAGGAAGUCGCUGAAGGCGUCCGGAGGGUUCGACAAGGAGUGCGCCGAGUGCAAGAAGUCGGGCAAGACCGAUGCGGCCGACCCUGACUUCGAGGAGGACCUGACUCUGUGGCUCUGUUUACGUUGCGGCUCGCAGCUGUGCGGGCGCGCGCGCAACAAGCACGCCCUCAACCACUUCAACACGCCGCACUCGGACUGCCACGCGCUCACCACCAACACCACCACCUGGGAAGUCCACUGUUACAAGUGCAACAACGAAGUCACUGCCUCCAGCGCUAAAAAGCUUCAUGAAUGCAUAGAGUACUUGAAGAAGCAGCCAGUCGCUGGCGAAAAGCCUAAGCCCCUACCUCCAAUAGAAAUAUUUUACGAUGAGCCAGUAGCUAAAACAGAUUCUUCCAUAGUGAAUAAAGGAAAAGAGAAAGCAAUGGCUUUGUCAUUACCGCGGGUGCGGGGGCUCUCUAAUCUAGGAAACACCUGCUUCUUCAACUCUGUUAUGCAAUGCUUAGUGCAGACUCCAUAUUUACUGAAUGUGCUGCAAGAAAUGUCAACACCUGGGGAAAGGUUCAUGCUGCCAGGAGGGAAAUUAAAGCUUCGAGGGGAUGGAGAGGAUGGGAAAGAAGUGGAACUCCCCCCAAUAGCUGGGCAACUGGCUGAGUGGGGCACACUCACCAAGACCCUAGCGGAAACUUUAGCAGAACUACAGACAGGUGAAGGUGGAGUGUACACUCCUCGGCGACUGCUCUCAGCGCUGGUGAACAAGCUGCCCCAGUUCGGAGGCGGAGAUCAGCAUGACUCACACGAGCUGCUCAGGCAUCUGCUGGAGGCUGUCAGAUCAGAGGACCUGCGCCGCUACCAGUCCGUGAUCCUGAGCAGCCUCGGCAUGAACUCCAAGGUGGACCCCGCCAAGGUCGACGGAGAGGUCAAGCAGAAGGUCAAGUUCUACGGCCAACAAGCGUCAGACACCAUGUUGAGGCCUGAACAGGUACGAACAUCUUUCCCCCCUCCGCAGGUGUUCCGAGGCUUCCUUGUCUCUACCCUGGAGUGCCAGGAGUGUUUCCACCAAUCAGACCGCGCGGAAUACUUCCUCGACCUAUCACUGCCCGUCGCGGCCAGCCGCCCCCAGCCGCCCGCAUUGGUCAGAAGGAAAACUCCUAAUGAGGAAACUAUGUACAAUACUCAGGAGGAAAACAAGCCAUCUAAACACCAGUUGAAGAAAGAACGCAUUGCUGCCAGAAAAGCGGCGCGCAAGAACAAAGGUAAUUCGACGUCCAAAGACGAAGCGGCGGGCGAGGCAGCCGGUGCCAGUAAGGAGGAGGGGAAGUCUUCAUCAGAGUCUGACGCAGACGUCGAAGACAAUCUAGACGACGCGCCGCGACGCAACGACACUCACUCCGUCUCCGUGGGGACCCAGGCCAUCGCACACACUGCCGCCAACUUCGCAGCCUACCAUAUGGAGUCAGGAUACAACUCCGAGAAGGUAAUCAGCUCUGACUCGAUCAGAACCAGCCCUGUAGACCUCGACAAGGAGAAAGCAGAUAACACUCCUGAAAAUGGAGAGAAGGAAAAGGUGAUCUACGCUGAUUCUUCUACGUCCACCACGGCCAUACCUUUAGAGUAUAAACCGCUGAUUUCGCUGGAGAAUCUGUCGAAUCCUGACUCGGGUGUGGCUAGUCCAGAGGGUACCAAGCAUAAUUCGACGGAGACAGUUGAUAAUGUAGAGUCUCCAGUCAAUGGUAAAGAGCUGGGAAGCCACAGCUCACUGUCGAGCGAGGUCAAUAUGGAUUUGGCUCGACUGUCGCCCGUCAAAACUGACUUUGACCUAGACUUGGCCGGGUUAUCCCCUGUCAAAACCGACGUAGAAAGUCCAGUCAAGAACGAAUUCGAAAGGCCGGUUUCUAGGAUAUCGUUUGCGCCGGAGUAUUCUAACGAAGUUGUCUCACGAGGCAUCAGCGUGCAAGGAUGUAGGAACCUUCUAGAACAUAGCGGAGAGAGUAGCUACGAGUCGCUGCCAGAAGCCAAGAGCCAGGAGACCACAGUGCCUGAACUGACGAACCACCAGGAGGUCAUCAGUAAACUGGACAAGUUAGAGCUGGAAGGUUGUAAGGACAAGAAGCCAGCAGUUGCAGCGAAGGAGGCGGCCAUACCCGCGCCGCCGCCCGCGCCGCGCCCCGCGCUCAACAAUGUCGAUCUAGACAAGUCUUUGCAAAGAGACUUUAUGCCGUAUUCGAGACAGAGCCCACUGUCGUCCCGCUACGUCUGCGACGAAGACGAAUGCAGCAUCCAAUCCUGCCUCAGCCAGUUCACAGCACUUGAGCUACUCACUGGCAACAACAAAGUUGGGUGUGAGACCUGCACUGAACGCAUAAACGGCAAAGACGGCAAGACAGUCUACACAAAUGCCACCAAACGCUUCCUAGUAUCGAGCCCGCCGGCCAUACUCAUCCUGCAUCUCAAAAGGUUCCAAAUCGGGCCGCGCUGCAUGUUUAGAAAGAUGUCCAAACACGUCGACUUCCCGACCGUCCUCGACUUGGCUCCAUUCUGCGCUAUGGACAAGUUGAAGAAGCUUCCGAACGUGACGAAAGGGCAGGAUGAGUUGCUCUACUCUUUAUACGGGGUUGUAGAGCAUUCUGGAGGCAUGCACGGGGGACAUUAUGUAGCGUAUGUGAAGGUGCGACCGCCAGUGAAGGCCAACGACCCUCGCUGGUGGUUCUUGCCCAAGAGCGCCAACACUUCGCCUGGGUCUACGGGCAGCGGUGACGCGGACGCGGAUUCUGAGUCGGAUCUAUCCGGCUACGAGUCUGGCGAAGCCCCCACCCCCGCCGCCGAGGUGCCCCCCGGCAAGUGGUACUAUGUCUCCGACAGUAUGGUCUCUGAGAUCAGCGAGGAAAAGGUGCUGAGGGCGCAGGCUUAUCUGCUGUUCUACGAAAGGAUCCUAUAAGUCAGCUUAUGAGUGAUGGUUUUGUUGCGCGCGCGCAAAACAGCAGUCCAAAUGUUUUUGUUUUGAAAUGGAGUGGCAUUUAAGUGGAAGACUGAUUGGUAGAACGGCUGAUUACUGAUAAAGCGUAGUGUGCGUGCCCCGUAUGUUUAACACUUUUGUUUUAACCGCGCUGUAAAUAGCUUGAUUUUACUAUCGGCUUUCUGUGUUUAUUCACGCUAUUUCUGACUAUGUAGUGACCCUAGGCUGUAGUCAAUAUUAUUUCGCGAUUACUGAUUUGCUGAUUAACUCUGACCAGAAGUAGUAAUUAUUCUUGACGCAUUAAAUUUCAUGAAACACGCAACAAUCUAGUUACUGGUCAGCGCGCCCGACUUUUAAUAAUAGUUUGUGAAACAAGUGUAUGGACGAUUUACACAUAUUAAAGUCAAUUCGCUAAUUAAUAUUGCCAUGAGAUAUACAAUUUUGUAACUUUGUAGCCUAGUCUAGCGACUUUAUAAUCAUAUCUCGUAAUAUGGACUGCUCCAAGGAUGUAUGAAAUUCUACACUGAACAAGUAAACAUAAAAUAGAUCUCCGUAAAUAAUGAUAAUAAACAUAAUUUGUAUUCGUAUCAUAUCGCAAGUAUGUUAAUUAUUGUGACUGAGUCCGCGAGUAAACGAAAAUAAUAACGUUUGACGUCUAAAUUCUUCACUAACUCUACUAACAGCCCCAUAGCUUGAAAAGUUUUUCUGUACCUAUUCUGAGGUUCCUUUUAGGUAGAUAUUACCUUCAACUAAUAUUAGCUGUCCCUUCAGUGUGAUCAGAGAUCGCAGUCAUGAUAGAUAUUGCUUUAACAGCUAAUUAUAGCUACGGAAGUUACCUCAAAACAUUUGAAAAUUAAGGUUAAAUGCAUUGCACGAGGUAUGUAUGAAUUUAUUGGAUUUUGUUGUAUUUAUGUUUGUACUCAAUUAUUGUAUCUCAAUGGAGUUGUAUGGUCUUCCAUUGAUGGUGUCAUAAGUGUUAUGGUUGGUCGAUACUAUGUUGACUCCUAGAUCUUGAAUAUCGUAAUAUAGGUCGAACUUUAUCAGUGCCUAAUGCCCCUAUUGUGUGAAAAAUAUACGUCCAUUUAGACUAUAUCUGUAGUUGUGUAGUCAGUAGAUUCCUUAUCCAAGCCACUGCUUUAGAUUCACCUACAUUAUUUAGACCUUUAUGUCCUAUAGUUAAGAUCUAAAACUAUCUACAGAUGGAUUGAUUAAGACGAUUGGGUCAAUGUAGUAUCGAAUGAAAACUAUUAAGUUAUUUAUUGUCUGUGACGUUAAUUCGGCUUUCCCGUGAAUUGAAUUUUUAAUGUUAUUGUAAAAACUCCUGUUUUAGCACUUCGUAAUAAUCAUGAUACAUUAUACUGCUCUUUGAUUUAGCAGAUUUGUACUGUGUUAGUUUAAUUUUUACUGUAUCCCUUGUAACGCAAGCAUAGAAAUAGUUUUUUUUGUAAAUAUUAUGAUUUUAGCAGUUGAUCCCUAAAUACUUUAUCAACGUGUAAUAUUCUUUUGUAUUUUAUGAGUUUUAUCCUUCUCAAUUUGUGUUUUGGGGAUCUCUGUAACAAUUUUAAAUCCAUUAACAAGUUAAAAGUAAUUUUUUGAGUGCUCAAUUUAGUUUCAUUUAACAAUACACUAAAUAAUUAUAUCCUAUGCUGAAAUGGAUAAUCUUUUUUCGUCCUGAUGCUUGCAUUUUCCUUGUAUCGUUGCGUAGUUAGACGUGUUAAUUAUAUAUUGUAUUAAUUUGAUAAAUUUUGUAUAUUGAUACCCCAUACAUUUUAUUGCGUUAUGAACAGGUGUAAUAAAUAUAGUUUUAAAACGAUA